CGAUACCUUGCCUACUACCAACUUUGCUAAAUCAACGACAAACAAAUAUUUCCUUCCGACCCUACUUUUUUUCUUUCCUUUUUCCAUUUUCCUUACAUUUCCUUCAGUCAUCUGGGCAUUCAAGCAGAAAAAAUUGUUGCAACCUUUUGGUAAUUUUGUGAUUCCUUGUAACCAAGAAGGGGAAAAAAGGAAAUACAAGGGGAAGGAAGCACCCCCUCUAUUUUCCUCCCCUCUCGCUCGCAUCCGGCGACAAGACCCAGGAAACAACGAUAAAGCAGCCUUACCAAUGGCUCCGCCAAUAUCUUCCACCAAAGCGGAGGACUCGACAUCAGCAGGGCUAGCUUCUGGGAUACUCGUCUGCCCACUGGAUGUUAUCAAGACAAAGUUACAGGCCCAAGGGGGAUUCUCGGGAAUGGUUGAUCGGGCGACGAUGGGAGAAAGGGUUCUUGCUUAUAGGGGACUUAUGGGAACAGCUAGGACAAUUUGGGCGGAAGAGGGCGUUAGGGGAAUGUAUCGUGGAUUGGGGCCCUUGAUUCUGGGAUAUCUUCCUACAUGGACAGUCUAUUUCACCGUCUACGAGAAGUCAAAAGUCGUUAUUGCAGAUCAAUUCGGAGGUGCAAGUUGGCUCACCCAUAUCCUAUCUGCAAUGGUGGCCGGUACUUCGUCAACGCUCGUCACAAAUCCGAUAUGGGUAAUCAAGACCCGUCUCAUGUCGCAAAAUGCAAACAUUCCCUAUCAUUACACCUCCACUCUCGAUGCCGCACGCAAGAUGUACCUUCAUGAAGGUAUCGGGUCAUUCUACUCGGGACUCGCACCAGCAUUGUUAGGACUCUCCCAUGUAGCUGUGCAAUUCCCACUCUACGAGGCUUUCAAGGGGUUCUUCAUCGGAAGGGAACAUCUAGAGAGGGGUUCAAAUGGUUUCACACAUUUCUGGAGUAUUCUCGCUGCUAGCUGUCUAAGUAAAAUAUGCGCUAGCUCAGCAACAUAUCCGCACGAAGUGCUACGCACAAGGCUUCAGACACAAAAGGUAACCCAUAGCGAUGGGGACACGCGCCCUCGCUAUCGCGGCAUCAUCCAUAGUGCCAGGACGGUAUAUCGGGAGGAAGGUUGGAGGGCAUUUUACGCUGGUAUGGGAACGAAUAUGCUCCGUGCGGUUCCCGCUAGCGCCAUGACUCUAAUCACAUAUGAAAGUCUGUUUUCCCUUCUCAUAUCAUAUUCCCUGGCUUGA